CUUCAAUAAUUCAAAAUUCAUUUCAGAAGUCAGAUGUGUACCUUAAAGGUACUUAGCAAAAUUGCAUCAAAAUUAAUCUAAAAAUUCGUUUAAAGGUAAAUCUCAAUCACUUCAUAAAAUAAAUGCCCAGAAUUGAUAAAUAUGGUCCAUACGAUCGUCCCGUACCGGAGCCACAUUUUAUACCAGGGUAUACAGGUCACUGUCCUGAUCUCUUUGAUCAAGUUGGUAUAACAUAUCCCUGGGCGACUCAUGCUGUCCUUGAAGAUAAACCAGAACUGGCUAACAGGUUAUCAUCCAUUAAACCACCAACUCGGAGGUUUCUGCAGCCUGGUACGAGAAGAAAAGGUGACAAAUAUUGUUCAGAGAUGGAUGGUAAAAGAGGACAGAGGAAUAGGUCUUUGCCACAGCCUGUCAUAGGCUUAGAUAUAUCACUCGGAUGUGUGGGUCCUGCACCACAAAACAGAGAAACUACAAAUAUAGGGAAAACAUUCCAGAAAGCUACAGCCGAUUUUGAAUGCCAGCAAGAAAAAAGCAUUCCAAUUUAUGUAUGCUGCUGUUCUUCAGAAGUCUCAAACUCAAUGCAUGUGUGACAUAGAUUAAUAAAAAAAUAAUUCAUUUA